CCACUACUCUGCUAUUGCUUUUCUCUUCUGAAUUGAUUUCCAUUUAGACAAACACUAACUCUAAUUUCUCUCUCAUAACACCAAGCAAAGGAGAGAAGAUUGAUCCCAAAAUUGAGUAAGAAGAGGAAGAUAUAGAAGCUAGCUAUGGCUCCUCAACUUUUAUCUUUCACCAACCCUACCAAAUACCCCUUCCCACCGUUCUCUGGGAAUCUCUUGACGACCAGAUCAUUCAAUGGAAACAAAACCAAGAGCCAUCACCCCUUUCACUACAAACCCUUUUCUUCAAAAAACUCUACAACGCUCAUCAGAUGUUCUUCAGUCUCAAAUUUGAAAACUCCAAAUAUUCAGAAAGCAGUAGAAGAAGAAGACCUAGAGUUUGAAGAAGAAGAGGUAGAUUUUGAAGAAGAGCCAUUAAACAAGAUGUGGAAGGAAAUCCAAGGCUCCAACAACUGGGAAGGACUUUUAGACCCCAUGAAUUCUCAUCUCCGCAGAGAAAUCAUUCGCUAUGGUGAAUUUGCUCAAGCCUGCUACGACUCUUUCGAUUUUGAUCCUAAUUCCAAGUAUUGUGGCACAUGUAAAUACCCAGGCUCCCAUUUCUUCGAAAAGCUCCAUAUGGAAAAUUAUGGCUACAAAAUUAGCAGGUAUCUUUAUGCAACAUCCAACAUUAAUCUUCCAAACUUCUUUCAAAAGUCCCGGCUGAGCAAAGUUUGGAGCACCCAUGCAAACUGGAUGGGCUACAUCGCCGUAACCACCGAUGAAGAAGAGGUCAAACGCCUGGGAAGAAGAGAUAUUGUCGUCGCAUGGAGGGGCACGGUUACUUAUCUUGAAUGGAUUUAUGACCUCAAAGAUAUUCUCUGUUCGGCAAACUUCACCGACGAUCCCUCCAUCAAGAUGGAGCUCGGCUUUUACGAUUUGUACACCAAGAAAGAAGACUCCUGUGACUAUUGCUCCUUCUCCGCCCGCGAACAAGUCCUCGCAGAAAUCAAAAGACUUCUUGAAUACUACGAUGGAGAAAAAAUCAGCAUCACGUUUACAGGCCACAGCCUCGGGGCAGCGUUGGCGAUAAUCAGUGCUUAUGAUGUUGCAGAGUUGGGCCUCAAUGUCACCAACGAUGUGGAAUCAACUAGUAAGAAAAAAAUACCAAUAACAGUUUACUCCUUCGCCGGUCCUCGAGUGGGGAACCUCAAAUUCAAAGAGAGAUGCGAUGAGCUCGGAGUUAAGGUGCUGAGAGUCGUUAAUGUUCACGAUAAAGUCCCAUCUGUGCCGGGGAUUCUAGCGAACGAGAAGCUUCAGUUUCAGAAGUAUUUAGAGAAAGCCACAAAUUUUCCUUGGAGCUAUGCGCAUGUUGGAGUGGAGCUUGCGUUAGACCACACUCACAGUCCGUUUCUGAAAGACACUAAGGACUUAGGCUGCGCCCACAACCUGGAGGCCCUGCUGCACUUGAUCGACGGCUACCAUGGGAAGGACAAGAGGUUUGUGUUGGCGACGAAGAGGGACAUCGCGCUGGUGAACAAGUGCUGUAAUUUUUUGAAAACUGAGUACGGUGUUCCGCCGCAUUGGCGACAGGACGAAAACAAGGGAAUGGUAAGGAACAGCGACGGCCGGUGGAUGGUGCCGGAGAGGCCGAGAUUGGAGGCCCACCGGCCGGAAGAUACGGCCCACCACCUCAAAAAAAUACUGAAAAGAACCACUAUUACCACCAAGGGUUCUCCACAACUGGGAGCAAUCUGAUAAUGUUCUUGCAUCCAAGGUAACUUUCAACUAAUAUAAAUGUUAGACCUUUAAUUGCUGUACGAUAUAAAAUAUUGUCAUGAGAAAUCAUCAUACGAAGAAGAUUAUCCUUCUCCCGUGGUGGAUUUGGUUUGAUUUGUGUUA